AGUGCCUUUCUUCCCUUGAUGGGCGAAGGACAGUGGUUGAAGAAGUAUGUAAGGUAGAGUAGGUCGGUAUUGAUAUAAAAGAACGUGGGACAAAGAUUUCUACACCAGAUUAUUUGAAGGUCCAUAGUGACCCAUUGUCGAAUGUUGCGAGAUUCAACCCAGCCCACGCACAUUGCCCAAAAUCGAUUUGCUGGAUCCAUAUCCACGUAGAAGCGAGCACUUUGUAGGAACUGUGAGCACUGAGAGAUAAAGGAGCGAAUAUGGAGGAUGGCAAUUAUGUCGACGGGAGCUACUUCUUUUACGCUCCAAAUAAGGGAGCGCCCAUCUUCUUCGCUGUAGCAUUUGCUGCAUCUGGCAUAUUGCACUUUUGGCAGAGUUAUCACUAUAAAUUCUUCAAAGUCACUGCCUUGUACUCCUUCUGCUGUCUGCUCUUCACAGCUGGCUUCGCCGUCCGCACGUACGGCGCAUGGCACUAUGAUAAUCUCAACAUUUUCAUCGCGAGUGUAUGUCUCAUCUACGCAGCUCCACCCCUCCUCGAACUAGCAAACUACAACAUCCUCGGCCGCGUCCUCUACUACGUCCCCUACUGCUCCCCCCUCCACCCAGGCCGCGUCCUCAGCACCUUCGCCUUCUUCUCCAGCAUCAUCGAGGCGCUGAACGGGUGGGGCGCAUCCUACUCGGCCAAUCAGUCCCUCACACAGCGGGAGAUGGAGACGGGCCACGCGCUCAUCAAGACGAGCCUGCUCCUCCAAAUCUUUGUGAUUGCCUGCUUCGUCGCGCUCGCCGUCGCCUUCCAGCGGCGGUGCGCCGCCGCCGGCGUGGCGUCUGUACGCGGAGUACAAGGUCCGAUGGUGACGCUGUACGUGAGCGUCGGGUUGAUCUUCGCGAGGACGCUAUUCCGGGUCGUGGAGUACUUUGGGGUUGCGAAGGUGAGGUUUGAUGCGGAGACGGAGGUGGGGGAUAUUCCGGCCGCGAUACGGUAUGAGUGGUUCUUUUAUGUGUUUGAGGCGAGUUUGAUGCUGGCGAAUGUGUGCAUGUUUAAUGUGCGGCAUCCGAGGCGGUAUUUGCCCGAGAGGUAUACGGUGUAUCUUGCACCCGAUGGGGUUACGGAGGUGGAGGGGCCUGGGUGGAAGGAUCCGAGGAAGUUUUGGGUGACGGUUGUUGAUCCGUUUGAUUUGAGGGGGUUGAUUGGGGGGAGAGAUCGCGGGAUGGAGAGGUUUUGGGAGAGGAAUGGUGGUGAGGUUCGAGAGGAGGGGAGUGGUGGGAAGGGUACUGUUUGAGGUUGUAUGUGUGGUGAGGUUUGUUGGGAUUGGUAUGUUCUAUGGUAGACUUGGCUUGUGUUUCAAUUACUUGCUUUCAUUUUUGUUAAGUC